AUGACAAUCGUCGGCGCACUCGGCUACCAACUAGCCAUAGGCCUCUGGUACUUACUCAUCUGCCUAGCCUUAGCAUUUUUAAUAUUUCUGUUCAUCACGAAUACAUUCUACAGCUUCUCCUCAUUCCUGGCAGAAAAAUCUCAGAGCUGCGGCGUCGACCUUUUCGAAAUCCUCGAGACUAUCCUCUACCAAACAGAAUGGAUCUCACACUGGCCCCUCACUCUCACAAACACAAUCGCAAAACAAACCACCUCAGAAGAGGAUCGGCAAAAACAACUUGAAUUCCUUACCGAUAAAGAAAAUAUCAUUUUCACUCUCCGUGAGCUUCAACAACGCGAGAUAUAUCUAAUAGAACAUGGCGAUCGCUCUACAGAAGCCAGUGCUCUAUACCAAGCUAGUGCGGAUAGGAGGCACUCACUGAACACACAAGAGAAACGUAAGAGUGUUUUGCUUGAGGGGAGGGAAUUGUGGUUAAAGUUCAAGGGUCUUCCAUCUCGUCAGCCGAGUGGUGCGUGGAUUAGAGAGGAUCUGAGAAAGUCGAAGAGAGCCCAACAUCAUCGAGAUGAGUAUUUAUGUCAGGGUGUUGUGCUUUUGAUUGUGGAUGUUGUAUGA